AGCGUUACAAGUCUUCUCUGCGGUGUGUGAUAGUGUUGCCCGUCAGCCCAUCCAGGACCUGAUCAGAACGCCUUGCAAUCGUUGUUCUUCUGACCCCUUGUCUCCCAUGUUGAGGUGUCUGCUCCCGUUGCUCCAGCCUCCAGGCUUGCUUGCCUGGCCUCCCGUUGCAGGCUGGGUGAAGGGGAGAGGUGUCGCUAUCGCCUGCCGGGACACUCCAGCUGUCCGCCCGCGGAAGACGGAGACCCAGUGGGCAUUGCGGGGAGGGGUCUCUGAUCUUGCCCCAUUUCCAUUGGGGGCGCCCAAAUCAGGCUGCAUCUCAGUGCACAAAUUUUCUGGCCCGCCCAGUCUUGGGGGGAAAUCAGUGCUGAGUGCUGGGAGCCCACGCUGCAGCUACAAAUUUCGGUAUCCCCCCGCAUCCCCCAAAAUUCGCCGCGAAUUUUUUCCUCCCCUUCUCUCCGUUCAUUUCCGGCGUCCUCAUCCCCCAAGUACCCCAAGCACACAGCAAGCAGACCACCGCACACCACCCCGACCCCCGGAUUCCACCCACCGCCAACCUUUGCCUUUCAGCAGUUGCGCCCUGAUACGACAGGCACCCACUCAGCAGGAACCGUCCGAGCUUUCUGUUUCCAUUAAAACCCGCACCCGCACCCAAGCUUCCACCUGAGCCCUAACUGCUCCCCUACACCAUCACUACCGCCACCACAACACCGUCCCCAGAGCCCACAAGCAUCACUACCAGUACCAACUAUCAAUCGACCAACCGCCAUCAUGCCGCGCCCCCCCAAGAACAAGGUCGCCGAGAUCGUUAAGCCAGUCAUCGCUGCGCCUGGCCCUGCGAGGGUCAUUGAUGUCGACAAUUUCAUCCGUGUCCGCGAUUCGGUAAGC